UGGACAGAAGUAUGAUGUGGGAAAACUGGACAACAGUCAAUGAGUUUAUUCUUAUAAGCUUCUCAAACCUGUCUUCUGAGCUACAGGCUCUGCUGUUUCUCCUGUUUUUGAUCAUUUACUUGGUUACACUAAUGGGAAAUGUCCUCAUCAUCCUGGUCACUACUUCUGAUUCUGCUCUGCAAAGUCCUAUGUACUUCUUCCUCAGAAAUUUAUCCUGCCUGGAGAUAGGUUUCAAUUUGGUCAUUGUGCCUAAGAUGCUGGAGACCCUGAUUGCCCAAGAAACAACCAUUUCCUUCCUUGGCUGUGCCACUCAGAUGUAUUUCUUCUUCUUCUUUGGGGCUGCUGAGUGCUGCCUCCUGGCCACAAUGGCUUAUGACAGUUAUGUGGCCAUCUGUAACCCCUUGCAUUACCCAGUUAUCAUGGGACUCAAGACCUGCACUCAACUGGCAGCUGCAUCUUGGUUCUCAGGCUUUCCAGUGGCCACCGUACAAACUUCCUGGAUUUUCAGUUUCCCUUUUUGUGGCCCCAACAAGGUGAACCACUUCUUCUGUGACAGCCCUCCUGUCAUCAAACUGGUCUGUGCUGAUACCUCUCUGUUUGAAUUGGAGGCCCUGACAGCAACUGUCCUAUUUAUUCUCUUCCCAUUCUUGCUGAUCCUAGGGUCUUAUGUCCGCAUCCUCUCCACCAUCUUCAGCAUGCCCUCAGCUGAGGGGAAACACAAGGCCUUCUCCACGUGCUCCUCCCACCUCCUUGUUGUUUCCCUCUUCUACAGCACAGCCAUUCUCACUUAUUUCCGACCCCGUUCUAACACUUCUCCUGAGAACAAAAAGCUGCUGUCACUGUCCUAUACAGUGGUCACUCCCAUGCUGAAUCCCAUCAUCUACAGUUUAAGGAAUAACGAAGUGAAGGCUGCCCUAAGGCGGGUCAUCCGCAGAAUUAGGGGCCUUCAGAAGCUAUGACUAACUUAGAUGGAAACU